AUGGAAUUCCAACCUGCUGGACGCCGAGAGCCUCCUCCCCUAAUCUCUGCUGCUGUUCCUGUCUCUGCAGGGACAGGAUGCCUGGUGAAGGCCGUGGAGACGGCGGCGCAGCGCGAGGCCUUCAUCGUGGGCAAGCCCAACCGCUUCAUGUUUGACUGCGUGGCCGGCGAGUUCCAGGUGGACCCUGCACGCACCAUCAUGGUUGGGGACCGGCUGGACACGGACAUCCUGAUGGGCAACGACUGCGGCCUGACCACGCUGCUCACUCUGACCGGGGUCACGGUGCUGGAUGAGGUGCGGGGCCACCAGGACAGUGGCUGUCCUGCCAGGCACAGCCUGGUCCCCGAUUUCUACGUCGACAGCAUCGCCGACCUGCUGCCGGCACUGGGGGAGUGACAGGGCCCGGGCACAGCCCUGGGCAGCAGCCUGUGGCAGUAACGUGCGCACUAGGUACUCCCCGGAGUUAGAACCCUUAGCUUGUCUCCUCUCUGUCCUCUCGGUAUGAUUCUGUUUACAUCUCAGUCUGAAAUGCACUUUGGAACAAAGGGGGCGUUACGGUGGCACCCGGGGCUGGGGCUUGGGGCUGGGUUUAAUGAGAAAUGCAUCGAUCCAAUGUCUGUGGUGCUCCACGGCACAGGGUGCUCUGGGCUGAGCUGGGGAAGUGGAGCUGGUUGAUCUGAGCAGAAGGAUCAUGUCCUGGCCAGGCUGGGCCAUGGCUCAGCCCUGUUUGUUCAGGGACACGACUCUUGGGAUGUGCAGUAACUCUGGUUGUGUUUGGAAACCCUUGUGGAGAUGGUGCUUGCCUUUGGGGCGAUUCUUUUUCUCUGUUCAGGGUCACAGCCCCAUGUCAAGUCACACAAAUUCAUCUCCUUCGUUUGACCACUGCACAUUGCACUUCAGAUGCAGACUGGGAUGAUCCCACAAAAUUCCAGCCCUUGGCUGCUGCACACAGUGUCUGUCCAAGGUUGAGUGUGUGUAAAGUGCAUGUA